CUGGGCGCGUUAAGCAUCACUGGUCCAUGCGCUGCCUUCAGUCUCCUCGCAGUCGAAGGGAGGAGAGCGAGACAAUACGCAGCACCUCCAUACACGUAGUGAUGCAACUGUUGUAUUACGGUUUCAUAUAUUGUAUAUUUCUAGAAUUCCUUCUUCUUAGAGGGAAGAGAACCCUUAGACACUCGGGACAGGUCGAUCGGCGCUUCUACGGCAGCAAAGAAUUCACGAGCUGAAGACUGACUGUAGCAGAGUUGUAGGGCUACCGUAAAGCGAGCACUCGACGGUUUCAUUAGAUGCGUUUUCAGAAACGACGACAUUAUGUUUUGACCAUCGACACUUUGACCUGUGAGAGAGAGGAGAGUCCUAUAAUGGCCCAUAGGAUAAGCAGUAAAAAAACAACUGAGGAGCAUUUGUUUGUGGAUCCAGUCCAUGUCAACCGUCAGAGCAACCAGACAUCUUCCCACUAACACAUCUGACUUCUGCUCAAAGAUCCCAGUGAGUGGCUCCAUCAUGAGGCUGGUGUGGAAGUCCCUGGACAAGAUGAGGUGCUUCCGUAAACGCUCCACCAUUCCAUUCCUGGGGGUCCUGAUCACCUGUCUACUCUUCCUCAACCUGUACAUGGAGGAUGGAUACGUCCUGGAGGAGGAUAAAAGACCGCUGAGAGAGACAUCAAUUCAUCCUUCAAACUCUGAGAGAUAUGUUCACACCUUCAGAGACCUCACUAAUUUCUCGGGAACCAUAAACGUCACAUAUCGUUACCUCGCUGGGAACCCACUGCCCCGAAAGAAAUAUCUUACAAUUGGAUUGUCAUCCGUGAAAAGAAAAAGAGGGAAUUACCUCAUGGAGACGAUCAAAUCAAUUUUUGACCAGUCCAGUUAUGAGGAGCUGAAAGAGAUUGUGGUGGUGGUCCACCUGGCAGACUUUGACCUGGCCUGGUGUGAAAACCUGGUGCAGGACAUCUCCAGGAAGUUUGCCCACCACAUCAUCGCUGGGCAUCUCCUUGUGAUCCAUGCCCCUGAGGAGUACUAUCCAUCACUGGAUGGGCUAAAAAGGAACUACAAYGACCCAGAGGACAGGGUACGAUUCCGCUCCAAGCAGAACGUCGACUACGCCUUUCUCCUCAACUUCUGCACCAACCUCUCUGAUUUCUACAUGAUGCUGGAGGAUGAUGUCCGCUGCUCACGGAACUUUCUGACAUCCCUGAAGAAGGUGGUCACCUCCAGGGAAGGCUCCUACUGGGUGAUGCUGGAGUUCUCCAAGCUUGGCUACAUAGGGAAGCUCUACCACUCAAGAGACUUGCCACGCCUGGCCCACUUCCUGCUCAUGUUCUACCAGGAGAUGCCCUGUGACUGGCUCCUCAUUCACUUCCGGGACCUGCUUGCCCAGAAAGACGUGAUCCGCUUCAAGCCCUCCUUGUUCCAGCACAUGGGCUACUACUCCUCAUAUAAAGGGGCAGAGAACAAGUUGAAGGAUGAUGACUUUGAAGAAGACUCAAUUGAUAUCCCUGACAACCCUCCUGCUAGCUUAUACACAAACAUUCAUGUAUUUGAAAACUAUGACGCCACCAAGGCUUAUAGCAGUGUGGAUGAAUACUUUUGGGGGAAACCCCCCUCUACCGGAGAUUUCUUUGUUAUAGUCUUUAACAAAUCAACUAAAAUAAGCAAAAUCAAAAUCGUGACAGGAACGGACGAUCGUCAGAACGAUAUCCUGCACCAUGGAGCUCUGGAAGUAGGAGAGAAGCUGGUGGGGACAAAGAGGGGAAGGCAGUGUUCUUCCUACAUCACGUUAGGGGACUUUAAAUAUGGCAACAUUGAGGUUCAAGACGUGGACCACAAGAUUGCCUUUGACAUUGAGUGUGUUCGUAUUGUGGUGACUGCCAGUCAGAAAGAAUGGCUGAUCAUUAGGAGUAUAAGCUUGUGGACUACACAACCUCCCAAUCAAUGAGGACAAUACAAAAACAGUUGGUUUAGACAACAGUUGGUUUAGUAAUUCAUUUGACAGUGUAUUUAUUUAUGUACUUAUUUAUAUAUUCAUUUAUACAUUUUUGCAUUUAUUUUGUAAUUUAUU